AUGUGCUAGCUUUUCUCCAAUGUCAUGCCCUAACACCAAUGUUACUUGCAUCAACUACGAUGAGAACGUUGCGUAAGGCGUCGACCGCAACACUUCGAGGCAGUAUGUCCGUUACAUACUCACACAAAGGACUAAUCCAGGGGCUUGCCAACAAUAUAUGUAAAACAUACCUCUUCAACAGGGACGUUGAGCGAAGUAAAAAAGUCGAAUACAAUAAAACUCUUUUGGAAUCAACAAGGCAAUAUUAUGGACCUGAGAUAAUUGAAGAAAAACCCAAUUUCUGUGGAUUAGAUCUUUCCAAGCUGUCAACUGGCGAUGACGUACCUACUAGCAACCGCAAACGAAAACGUGGAGAUUAUGAAAAUUUCAAUUCAAGGUUGUUGAAUGAUAUCACAUCCAUAGAUAAAGAUGAUAGCGAAGAGAAAGAUGACGAAAGAUGA